CCUAGGAGCGAUUGGCUGCAGUGGAACCAGGGGGCGGGACGAGUUGCCUCGGGGUUCUGUGCCGCAGCUGACGCCGCUGCUGGGACCGAGAGAUGCGGUCUCGGUGUUGCUACGCGGAAGGUGUCUGAGACGUUCCCGGGGUCUCAGAGUCCUUCCAGAGGCCUGAUCAUGCUGUUACCGUCGGACGUCGCCCGGCUAGUGUUGGGCUAUUUACAACAAGAAAACCUUAUCUCUACUUGCCAAACUUUCAUUUUAGAAAGUUCAAAUUUAAAAGAAUAUGCAGAACAUUGUACAGAUGAAGGUUUUAUUCCAGCCUGCUUGCUGUCUUUAUUUGGAAAAAAUUUAACAACAAUUUUGAAUGAAUAUGUAGCUAUGAAAGCAAAAGAAACAACAAAUGAUGUUCCAGCAAUGAUGUCAUCUCUUUGGAAGAAAUUAGACCAUACACUUUCUCAGAUCAGGAGCAUGCAGAGUUCCCCAGGGUUUGCUGCUAAUCAGAGAGCACGUACAAGAAGUGGAAUUGCAGAAAUCAAACGACAACGAAAGUUUGCAUCUCAGGCAGUUCCCAUCAACUCAGAGCUACCAUCUCUGCCCUACCAGACAGGACAAUAUAGUUCUACUCCUUUAGCAGCUACACAAGUCAUCAGACCAAUAAGUCAAAAUACAACCCAGUUCAGAACAAAUUCUGCUUUUGUUUCACAGCCUCCUGACAACAUUGCCCCUACAGAUUCUUUACAUAUUGUAGUUCCUGUACCUCAAGAACGAAAAAUUCAUUCUAGCUUAAUGUCUCCUGGAAGACGAAAAAGUGAAUCUCAAAGGAAAAACAUCACAUUUUCUGGACCUCAGUCCACAGUUCGGAAUUUUCAGGACCCAAAUGCAUUUACAGUAGAAAAACAAAUGGUCAUUGAAAAUGCCAGAGAAAAAAUACUAAGCAACAAAUCUCUACAAGAGAAACUUGCAGAAAAUAUCAACAGAUUCUUGAUUAGUGACAGUAACGUUGCUCAGCUACCCAAGCAAGCAGAUAGCAAUCCUACUGAACAAGAGGCUUCAAUUGAUGAAAUCCUGGGACUUCAGAGUGAAAUUCACAUGUCUGAAGAGGCUAUACAGGAUAUCCUGGAGCAAACAGAGUCAGAUCCAGCAUUCCAGGCUCUUUUUGAUCUAUUCGAUUAUGGUAAAGGAAAGAAUAAUAAAAGUGUAUCACAAGGCAUUUCUGGUCAGCAUUUGGAAGCCAGUCAGAAUGUCUUAGUAGAGGAAACUAAUCUAGCAGUUGGAAACGCUUUUGGAACCGAGGAAUCUAAUGUCCACUCUGUUGAGCCUCCAUUUUGUACUGACUAUCAAACUGAAGAGGCAUGUGCCUUGAAGGAUGGCGGUGGUGAUGAUCAUCUUAAGAAACAGGAAACCCAAGAACAGUGUGCCCCAGUGGGAUCUACCCUACAGAAAGAAACAUUUAAAGCAUCCUCAUGUAUUUCUCCUGAACAGAGUUGUAACCUUGAAAUCACCUUUGAAUCUGUGCCUAAUUUGAAUGACUUUAACCAAAGAGGAAAUUCUGGCCCUGAAUGCAAUGAGCCGUGUACAGAAUUGUACACAAAUCAGCUGUCCAAUGAAAAUGAAAUGUCUUUGGAAAUUGAAAAAGACUCUUCAGUGUCUAACAUCCCAAACACAUCCGAACUACAUCCUGAUCAGUCUGAUAUGCCUCUGGCUUCGUUUGCUUCCCUUGAUGGAAUAGCAGAAAGCAAUGAAAACUUAACAGACCACAGGAAAAAUUCAAACCAUUUUUUACCGAAUAUUUCAUUAACUGGAAAAACAUCUCAAAAUAGCCAGUCUUGUGGAAGCCCCAGUGAUUCUGUAAAACUUAAAACAAUUUUUCAUAGCUCCAAGUCACCAGAUUGUAGUGAAAUUCAGCAGAAUAAAAUUGAAACAAAUGAUAUUUUGCCAGUUCAAUCACAUCAGCCUUCUGAUUGCCGGGACGAUUCUUCAAACCAGAGUAAAGUCUUACCUGGCUCUGUUCAAAGUUCAGGUUUAAAUUUGUCUGAUCAACACAAAAUAGAGGGCCCUCCUGAAGAAUCUGUCACUUCAAGCAAACAGUCUAGUAGUCAAUCUUUAGUGGACCCAUGUCACUUGGAAAAUAAAGGUUUGCCAUCAGAGCCCUCCAACUCAGAGGAAAUAGCAUUGGAAUCACAAGAGCCAUCAUCUUCUGUAAAAGAAGAUAGUGGUGCUGUUCUUCUGUCCCCUAGCAAAAGUGUUGAAUGUAGAGAAAUUGAAAUGAUCCCCACUGAGAGUAAUCCUACAGAAUACAGUCAUUCUGUUCCUUCAGAAUCCCUGUGUUCUUCAGUGGGAGAGAUCAACACUGAACCUCAAAGUACUGGUGAAUAUGAACAUUCUAGAGAUUCCUCAGCAGAAGUAGAUCCAUCAAAUAUAGUAUCACUCAAAAUUAUCAUCAGUGAUGACCCAUUUGUCUCAACCGAUACAGAACUAAACAAUGCUGUUUCCAGUAUCACUGGAGAAAACUUGCCUACUAUAAUCUUAUCUUCUCCAGCAAAAUCACCAGUCAAAAAUGUAGGAUUAGUUAAAUGUUUGACUUCAGAAGAAACUUCAAAUACUGUUUUAUCUGCUGAAAAAGUAGGGGACUCAGCCUUGGGAGAACAGAGCCUUUUAGUGCUCAAACCUAAAGACUCUGUAACAAAUAACAUACAGAACGAUGACUGCAGCACAUUUUCAGCAGCUGUCACAUCAAGUGUUUCUCAGGAUGGAGGAUUUAUACAGUUGAUGCCAGCAACAAGCACAACUUUGAUGCCAGCAACAAGCACAACUUUUGGCAAUUCCAGUAAUAUCCUGAUAGCUACCUGUGUGACUGAUCCAACAGCCUUGGGAACAGCUGUCACUCAAUCUAAUGUUGUAGUUUUACCUAACAAUUCUACACCUAUGGCUGCUCAGCCCCCACCACCACAGCAGUUACAGACUCCUCCAAGAUCAAACAGUAUGUUUGCCGUGAACCAGGCAGUAUCACCUAACUUUUCACAAGGAUCUGCCAUCAUAAUUGCCUCUCCAGUUCAGCCUGUGCUCCAGGGAAUGGUAGGAAUGAUUCCUGUAUCAGUAGUAGGGCAAAAUGGAAAUACUUUUCCAGCCCCUCCCAGACAGGUCCUGCAUAUGCCUUUAGCAGCACCUGUCUGCAACAGAAGUGUUCCUAAACUCCCCGUUCCUCCAAAAUCUCAAAAGGUCCAGGGAACAAGAAACAAGCCUAGUACAGUUCCAGGAAAGUUGACAGCCAGCUUGGGAGAUUCUUUAAGCCAUCCAAUUGGUUUUCAUACACAUAGAACUCUAAUUCCUGAAAAGAAUCUGGCUACAGAUCUUGGGAAGAAAUUAGAAGAUACCACAGUUUCCCUUUCAACAGAGAGCACAGUGGUGGCUACUGGCAAACCACAUGAAAGUCACAGGCGUGUGCUCUGCUUUGAUACUUCUCCUGGAGUCAACAUCCAAGGGUCUAACAACAAAACACUGUCUCAAAACAAAGAAAGGAAUGACAUUCCCUUUGUUACCGUGGACCCUCCCACUGUGUCAUCCUCCACUGUAAAAUCCUCUUUUAAUGUCAAAAAAGAGAGGGAGAAACCUUCUGGGCCUAAGAUUUUAUCACAGUCAGAAAUUGCCAGCAGUAGAAAUACAUCUGUGAAAGAAACACAACCUGAAAAAAAGACCUCACUGGCUGGCCUGGUUCUUGAUUCUUUUCAUAAAGCAACAGCUAAUAAGGAGAAUGAGCUACAAAGGGAUGUGGAAAGGCAGAAGAAUCAGGAAGCCAUCAAAUUAUCAAAUGGGCAUCAGAACAGUCCUCUAUGGAAUGAGAAAACUACUGCUUCAGUUCAAGAACUGACUAAAAAACAGGGGCCAUCUUCAAACACUAAAAACACUGUUUCAACAGGGACAGCUUCAAAGGAGCUAAAACGAGAACAGACUAAUAAAUCUGCCAGCCCUCUAACUAAAAACAGUGUAGAAAAAUUACAUGACCUUCAUUGGCACAGCCCAGCAAACAGACUCCCCAGUACUGGGGAUUUACCUGUGCCUCGGACACCAGGAUCAGGAACUGGGGAGAAACAUAGAGAAGAACCCUGUGACAGCAUCCAGACUCCCACCAACAGACGUUACAGUGAUGAGAGUGGCACUCCCAAGGGAAUGGUCCCUCCUGCCACUCCAGAUUUACCAGCCUGUAGCCCUGCCAGUGAAACAGGGAGUGAAAAUAGUGUAAACAUGGCAGCUCAUACUUUAAUGAUUCUCUCGCGUGCUGCUAUCUCAAGGACUACUUCAAAACCUCUCAAAGAUAAUACACAGCAAUUUAGAUCUUCAAGGAGCACCACCAAAAAAAGGAAACUAGAAGAUUUAGAUGAGUGUGACCGAACUGCCCGUUCUUCCAGUAAAAAUCUUCCAAAUUCAACGGUGCCAGUAAAAAAGAAAAAAAUUAAGAAAAAGAAGCUACCUAAUUCAUUUCCUGCUGGAAUGGAUGUGGACAAGUUUUUGUUGUCUUUGCAUUAUGACGAAUAAGAGUUCUAAAUUAUUAAGAACAUUAGCAAUUUAUUACUAUGAGUAGGAAAAAUCUGAGAGCAUGAACUGCACUUUCAGUGCACUGAAGUUACACUUUACAGCUAUAUCAUGCUGUUUCUAAAGCAGCUUGCUAGUUUGUACAUAGACUUGAUUUAGUAUAUUUUUAUUUUGGAAAAAGCACUUGCAGAAGUAUAAAGCCAUUAAUCUGCAAAACUGUACAGCUACAACAGUUGCAUAUUGUAAAUACUGUGUAAAGUGUAUUGAAAUUGAAUUUCAAUUAACUAAAUGUUCUGAAAAGCCUGGUUUGGUUUGGUUUUUUGUUUUUUGAUUACCAACCAAUUUCCAAUUCACAGAUUUGUCCUUUAGAAUAGUUUCAUUUAAUUCUUUGGGAAAAAAAGUAAUUGUUUAUAGUCAGUCUAACAAGACAUUUCUAAGACUUAGCCAUUAAACAAAUUAUAGGUAAGGCCUUAGAAUAAGAGUUUGAUAGGUUUAUGGGGUUUUUUUUAAAGUGUUUCCUCUACCCCUCCUUGUUAUCACUUUAAAGGUUGUGUUCCUGAUUAUUUUUUUAAAUAAUUAAAAAAAAAACAGGGAGAAACAAGAGCUUUAAAUAUCCCUUAUGGGUGUCAUUCUGGUCUCUUAGUUAGAGAGGGAGAAUUUUAUAAGAUAUUUAGUGUUUUGAUCUGUUGUGUGUAGGGAUUUUUACAAAACCUUAAAUGGUUAGACUAUUGAGCCAUAUAAAGUUUGCUUUUGUAGUUGAAAGUUCCCCAAAAUGUACAUAUUCCCCCUCCCGACCCCCCCCCCA